AUGUGUGUCCAGGUGCACCUCCUGAGGGACCAGCUGAGUGCAGAGGCCACAGCGAGGAUCGAAGCCCAGGCCAGAGUGCACCAGCUGCUGCUGCAGAACAGAGACUUGCUCCAGCAUAUCUCUGCCCUGGUGCAGCAGAUCCAGGAGCUGGAGAGGAGCAACGCACACCCCCACAACAUGGGGUCCCAGGACAGUCUGCUGGAGAUCACCUUCCGCUCCACCAUCCCCCCCGUCCUCUGCGACCCGUCCACCCCCAAACCGGAGGUGACCACGCCCCCCCUGAGCCUGAGCCACGCCUUCUCCUCGUCCUCCUCUUCCAACGGGACAGCGGCCAGUCCGUUAGGUAGGCCCACCACACUCAAACUGCCUCCGUACCACAGAGACACUCAAGAGGCCCAGACGCUGAGCUGGGCGAACUUUGGCCACUUCCGGGAGUCUGGAAUCGCGUCUGAAUAUGAGUCGGACUCUGAGAACAGCGAGGACGAAGACGAGGAGGAGUUUUUGGGGUGGGAAGGGAGUGCAGUCUACCAGGUGGGAAGGGGGUGCAGUCUACCAGGUGGGAAGGGAGUGCAGUCUACCAGGUGGGAAGGGGUGCAGUCUACCAGGUGGGAAGGGGGUGCAGUCUACCAGGUGGGAAGGGAGUGCAGUCUACCAGGUGGGAAGGGGUGCAGUCUACCAGGUGGGAAGGGGGUGCAGUCUACCAGGUGGGAAGGGAGUGCAGUCUACCAGGUGGGAAGGGGGUGCAGUCUACCAGGUGGGAAGGGGGUGCAGUCUACCAGGUGGGAAGGGGGUGCAGUCUACCAGGUGGGAAGGGAGUGCAGUCUACCAGGUGGGAAGGGGUGCAGUCUACCAGGUGGGAAGGGGGUGCAGUCUACCAGGUGGGAAGGGAGUGCAGUCUACCAGGUGGGAAGGGGGUGCAGUCUACCAGGUGGGAAGGGGGUGCAGUCUACCAGGUGGGAAGGGAGUGCAGUCUACCAGGUGGGAAGGGAGUGCAGUCUACCAGGUGGGAAGGGGUGCAGUCUACCAGGUGGGAAGGGAGUGCAGUCUACCAGGUGGGAAGGGGGUGCAGUCUACCAGGUGGGAAGGGAGUGCAGUCUACCAGGUGGGAAGGGGUGCAGUCUACCAGGUGGGAAGGGGGUGCAGUCUACCAGGUGGGAAGGGAGUGCAGUCUACCAGGUGGGAAGGGGUGCAGUCUACCAGGUGGGAAGGGGGUGCAGUCUACCAGGUGGGAAGGGAGUGCAGUCUACCAGGUGGGAAGGGGGUGCAGUCUACCAGGUGGGAAGGGAGUGCAGUCUACCAGGUGGGAAGGGGGUGCAGUCUACCAGGUGGGAAGGGAGUGCAGUCUACCAGGUGGGAAGGGAGUGCAGUCUACCAGGUGGGAAGGGAGUGCAGUCUACCAGCUGGGAAGGGGGUGCAGUCUACCAGGUGGGAAGGGGGUGCAGUCUACCAGGUGGGAAGGGAGUGCAGUCUACCAGGUGGGAAGGGGGUGCAGUCUACCAGGUGGGAAGGGGGUGCAGUCUACCAGGUGGGAAGGGGGUGCAGUCUACCAGGUGGGAAGGGGGUGCAGUCUACCAGGUGGGAAGGGGGUGCAGUCUACCAGGUGGGAAGGGGGUGCAGUCUACCAGGUGGGAAGGGGGUGCAGUCUACCAGGUGGGAAGGGGGUGCAGUCUACCAGGUGGGAAGGGAGUGCAGUCUACCAGGUGGGAAGGGGGUGCAGUCUACCAGGUGGGAAGGGAGUGCAGUCUACCAGGUGGGAAGGGGGUGCAGUCUACCAGGUGGGAAGGGAGUGCAGUCUACCAGGUGGGAAGGGGGUGCAGUCUACCAGGUGGGAAGGGGGUGCAGUCUACCAGGUGGGAAGGGAGUGCAGUCUACCAGGUGGGAAGGGGGUGCAGUCUACCAGGUGGGAAGGGGGUGCAGUCUACCAGGUGGGAAGGGGGUGCAGUCUACCAGGUGGGAAGGGGGUGCAGUCUACCAGGUGGGAAGGGGGUGCAGUCUACCAGGUGGGAAGGGGGUGCAGUCUACCAGGUGGGAAGGGGGUGCAGUCUACCAGGUGGGAAGGGGGUGCAGUCUACCAGGUGGGAAGGGGGUGCAGUCUACCAGGUGGGAAGGGGGUGCAGUCUACCAGGUGGGAAGGGGGUGCAGUCUACCAGUGUGGGCUGGGGAAGAGCGUAG